AUGGUCUGUUUCAGACUCACGGGGAAAUCCAGCAAACGAUUGGAGACAAAGAACAACGAGUUUGCCAAAAACAAAAUCGCAGUCGACGGAAACUGCGAUCGUAAGAACGUAAUUCGAGAUUCUCAGACGCAACCCAGCUUAGUCAGUCCAUGUGGAGAUGUAAACAAGGAUAUAACUACUAAGGAGGAUCAAGUAGCUUUCGACGCAAAGGAUUCGAAUGUGGAAUAUGAAGUUUCAGGGAAGAAAGCACAGACUUUCACCUUUGAGGAACUCUCUGUUUCUACAGGAAACAUCAGGUCGGAUUGUUUCCUAGGCGAAGGAGGCUCUUGCAAUCAAGCAACAUUCGAAAUGGUGCUCGAGGAAUCAAAGAGUUCGUGUGAAUUGUUGACACUAAGUCUCGCUGAUCAUGAGAACCUUGUAAAGCUUAUUCGUUUCUGUGCUCAAGGUGUUCAGAGGCUCUUGAUCUACGAGUACAUGCCACUAAGAUCUCUUGAAAAUUACCUCUAUGAUCUUCCUCAUGGUAAGAAACCGCUUGUGUGGAGCACUCGGAUGAAGAUAGCAGCUGGUAGCGAGAUGUUUGGAAUAUCUCCACAAUACAAUGCUGCUAAGGCCAAUGCUCUCAAGGACUAG